AUGGAAAUAGAAAUCCACCAGGACCCGGAAGCUAUCAAAAUUAAUUCUAAUUCUAAAAGAACAACAAAAACUAACGCUCAAAAAAAUAGAAAUCCAGCAAUAUUCGAUGGCGAGGAUCAAAUUAUAGAUAUAACUGAAGAUAAUGAUGAGGGAUUCCAAACCCAAAAAACGAGGAAUAACCAUAAAAGAAGACUCUCCGAUGAAGCCCGAACAGUAAAAAAGCCCUUAAUUGAAAAAAAUAAUCUACUUGAAACCAAAAAUAAAUUUAGUCUCUUAGAAGAAGUGCAAGAUAAAACAGUAGACCCACACAUCCCACCUGUAGUGUUCAAAAGAACUAACAACUACAAAACCAUAAUAAAAAGAUUAAAUGAAACUCAUAACAUUAAAUGCAAGGCCAAACCCUCAGGGGAGUUCUUCCACCUAUACUGUGACACAGCGGACGACCAUAGGAAAGUCACCAAAUAUUUUGAUGAGGAAAAAAUCGAAUAUUAUGUAAUAUCCAGUAGGGCGGAAAAGCCAACUAAAAUUGUAAUCAAAGGGUUACCGAUCGACACCCCCUGCGAAGAUAUAAAGGAAGAAUUAACCAAAAAGGGUUAUAGGGUCGACCGAGUUAAUCAACUCAAGCAAUUUAAAACUAAGCAACCUCUCCCAAUAUUCCAAGUUCACCUCUACAAAUCUGAGAACCUCCAAAAUAUUUACAACGAAGAUACCAUCUGCUAUAUGAUUGUCAGGAUUGAAAAGUAUAUUCGAAAAACAGUGGGGCAAUGCUUUAAGUGUCAGUCUUUCGCACACGUGAGCCAAAAUUGCAAGAUGCAGGAAAGAUGUGUCAUUUGCGCAGAAAAUCACGACUCAAGAACCUGCCCACAAAAAAAUGCUGAAAUUGUCCAAAAGAAGUGUGCGAACUGCGGAGGCCCCCAUACAGCAUCCUAUAGAGGCUGUCCUAAGUUCCCAAAAAUUAAUACUAAUCAAAAUAGAGAAAUACAGCAAGGGAAAUCUUUUGCAUCCCUCUUCAAAAAACCAAACGCUCAACCAACCCCCACAUCCUCCAAACCACCCACCGCACCAGCACCUCCAAAACCAGCAGAAUUACCAACUCAGCUAGCUGAAAACAGUCAAGACUUUGCAGAUAUAUUCAAACUAUUAAACCACCUAAAAUCAAUAACAGCUGCAAUUCCAAACCUAAAAGAAAUACUAGAAAAACUAGACAAGGAAAAAAACCCCCAAAAUAAAUUAUUUAUCUUAGCAGAGGCCUUCUCUCCAACCCAAGCAAUAUGA